UUUCUGAGGGUCAGACGGUAUAUCUUAUCGAUAAAUUAUCAGACUGAUAUUCGGGCACCUCUAUUUUAUAAAAUUAAUACAAAGAGUACACAUAAAACGAAACGAAAAACCCAGCGGAGGCGAAACGGCCGUUUAAAUUAAGAGUGCAAAAAACGCGGAUUAAGCGCAAUCACAACGUAAUUUUGGCAUACGAUCCGCAGGACACCGUCAACAGCAACAGCAACAAUAACAAUCAACUACGCACCGAACCGAACCCCAGGCACCGACCGAUUAACGCCCUCCCCGAUCCCAACGCCUGCCCGCACUUUUGCACACACACAUACACACACACCAGCACCAGUGCACGCACACUCGCUAGCCAGCACCCGUCGCUAGCUCCCUCGCUCAGCACCCGCACACACACACCCAAGAGUCCACGCACACACACAGAUAUCAUCUAUACGGACGGAGUGGACAGGCCGACCAACCGACGGGAAUUCAUUAUCAUCGCAGAACACACAAACACACACACGGCGAGUGCUAUUGUUGUCUACUGCUCUCGGCUCCCCUCCGCCCACCCAUCCAUUCAGCACCCAACUCCAUCUCCAUCGCGGCGCCCCGUCAAAGGAGUCAAAAGCAGACAAAGGAGCAGCGAAACGCAGCGCCCGCCGGUGGUAGGGGGGUGGCCGGAACUGGAACUGACCGGCGCAAGUACGUCACAAAGGUAGCAUCAGCAGCAGCAGCAGCACCAAAGGAGCCCAGUAACAGUGCGACGCAAUCGAAAUCAGAAUCGGAGGAGAAGGCGGAGUCGUGGACUGUAGCUGUAGUGGCUAGAGGAGAGGAGGAGGAGCAGCAGCAGCAGUAGCAGGAGGGGUUCUCUAUGGGUCAAAAGGCGAGCACACCGGCGACCAGUGGCCAGCAGAGCCCGCGCUCCAGGACAUUCUCGAGCAGCUCCACGGGAGCCGCUGACACAUCGCCACCGGGUGGGGACUCGGGCGCUGUCGGCAGCCGCCAUGUCGUCGGCGGUGAUGGCGGCCAGGGAUUCAAUCUGCUGCGGACGCUGCCGGGAUUGCAGGUGUACCACAACCAGAACUCAACUUCCAUAGACAGGCAGAGGGCUCGCAGCCUCAGCUCGGUGCCAGACAUUCAGCAGCAGCAACAGCAGCAGCAGCAACAGGGCUCCAUCACCUCAUCCGGCAGCAGCCCACAUGCACACACACACAACACACACCCACCAAACACCGGCGUCGCCGUGUCCGUGGCCUUGUCAGCGAAUCCGGCGAACAGCAACAGCAACAACAGCUUCUCCGCUGCUGCCAACAACAAUGGCACCUCGACGCAAUCCUAUAUGCCCCAACGACGCACCCUAGGCGACUCCAUACGGGAUAUGGGACUCACUGGCGGUACAAUUGCCGAGAGCAUCGCCCUGGCCGCGUCUGCCACUUCCGCCAAUGGGAUCGGACGCGUAUAUACAGCCACAUCGCUUCCAUCGCACAUCUGGUCCUUCAAUGGUAUCAAGUGCCCCGUUUGCAACAAGUUUGUGCUCCCCGACGAUAUUGAAUGUCACCUGGUGAUGUGCCUCACGAAACCACGUCUCUCAUAUAACGAGGAUCUAUUGACGGACGCCAAGGGCGAGUGCGUCAUCUGUUUGGAGGACUUGAGUCCAGGAGACACAAUCGCACGGCUGCCGUGUCUCUGCAUCUAUCACAAAGGAUGCAUCGAUCGUUGGUUUGAGGUGAAUCGCUCCUGUCCCGAACAUCCUGGAGAUUAGUAAUCCUCAUACGUGAUUGCUGUUGAUGUUUGCUCGUUGAGUUGUUCGUUAUGCAAGAGAUCGGGAAAGUACGUAGACGGAAGGGAGAGACCAAGAGAGAAUAAGAGCGAGAACUACUGACAGCAACAGCAGCAGCAUCACCCCCCAUCGGUGCCAGUUGCCAGGUGCCAGGUGCCAAGAGGUGCGUGGGACAGGGGUCCCAGGCUACAGUUUUGCGUAACACAGUAGACAGUGAAGAUGAGAGGAGAGGAGAGGAGAGGCUACCUAUAUCGAUCUACAUAUAUCGGAUAAUUUGAUCUACCACCCUCAGACCGCGUAACCGUAGCGACACGAUCGACUGCUGUAACACACACACACACAACUCCCCCCAACCCACAAUCACACACAAACACAAAAAACAAUUUAAAGAAAUUAAUUUACAAAAUGCUAAACUGGCAUAAGGAAUAAAUAUGUUUUGGUGAUUGAGACGAUACCAACCCAACCCACAAAUACAACACAAACCACAAAAACCAGGAACAACCAGGAGAGAAGGCCACGACGUCGAUGGAGAUGCGGGGGAUCGAGAGAUCGGAUAAUGAUAGAAUGAUGGAAAUGUUAAGCGAAGCAACCAACCAACCAACAAAAGAAUGUCAACCAAUGUGAUGUUAAAUUUUAUAUUUUGUAACUAUAACGAUAAAGCUGUAAUUGUAAAUGUAAUUGUACGAGUACUAUAUGUAUAUGUAUAUGUGUAUGUAUUUAUUAUUUUAAAACCACUAACAAAAAGAUAGAUGUAAACAACUCUAAAAACCAACAAACCAACAAAAAUGAAACCAAGAACACCAUAAAAAACCACAAGGAGAACAACUCCCAAACACAACAACAACCCACACACAUACAUAUACGAAAAGGAAACAUUAUAAAUAUUGUGCAAAAUUAGAGAAUAUAAGGCGGGAGAAAAAGGAUUGAAAAGACAGAUAAAAAGCAAAGCAACCAAAAAAAAGCUCACAAAAAAUAAGAAAGAAAAAGCUAAAAAACUUCCACACAAAACUUUCAAACAAACAAAAAACCCAAAAUUUAUAAUGAAAAAUGAAAACUUCCACACAGAAAUGUUCGAGGAGAUUCUAAAAAUGUUUCAAGAUUUGUUCAAAACAAUCGCAAAAAUUUUAGUUUGUGCGCCAGCGUUUUUAAUAUUAGAAUGUCGCUAGGUUACACGAUUUUCUAUAAUCUUUUAUUCCUGUAAAUUUCUGUUUGUUAUCUGUAAUAUGUAUAGUUGGUUUUUUGUUUUAAACAAAAGAAGAAAUUCGAAAAUUCUGAUAAGAGAGAUAGAUAGGCGCGA